AACGGUGAAGAUCAAUGCAGCAGGUUUCUUGUAGAUCAUAUGGAAUCCGUUCAUCACAACAGCUUCUGUGAUCUCAAGAUCGUACCAGUUUUUGCCGGCAUCCAGCGUGUUGUAACUGGGUUUAGAUCAUGAAUUAUAAAACAAGAAAUUAUACUUGUAAAAGAUGUAACAUUAUUCCUUCCUGCUCAUAUUUUAGAAGAUACGGAGAGUUUUCGGUUUUACAUGAUAAUUUCAUAUUGAGCUGGUAUCUGUUACAUUGUCGUCCUUUAAGCAUCAAACCAUCUGCAUUUUUUUCUUCAAACCGGUCAUUUUUUUGCUGGGAAAAUCCAAAAAAAAUGUUCCCUUUUAGACUCAACGAGAAUGUCUCUUUGAUUUUUCAAUGCCACAAAAUGUCCCCUUGAACACGGGUGGCUACGCUGGUGUAUUAAGGUCGGAUGGCGGUAUAUAGGUCCAAUGAGAUCAUGUCACGUGUCCAAUAUAUAUUUAGUGAUGCUGGCAUCCGAUGGUGUUUAUGUCGUCGAUCUUGCACCAUGUCCCGAUACAUGGAUAAUCUUGUUGGGGGUGAAAAAGAAUUCUUUGAGAGAUCAUCUAUCAAUUUUGUUCAUCAAUUUUCUUGCCCUAUAAUCCUCUUUCAAGGAUUGGAAAACAAGGUUGUACCUCCUUAUCAAAUAAGAAAAAAUUAUCAAGCACUGAAAGCAAAAGGAUUGCCAGAUGCUUUAGUGGAGUAUGAAGGGGAGCAACAUGGUUUUCGUAAGGCCGAAAACAUUAUAUUCACACUUGAACAACAAAUGGUGUUUUUCGCACGUUUAGUGGGGAACUUUAAGGUUGCAGACGGAAUCGUUCCCAUCAAAUUUCGACUAAGAAUUAUGUAUUUUUAUAUCUUUUCGCACUUCACUAGCUUAGAUGUAACAUUUUUGUCCUAUUUUCCUAAAUUGGUUCAUGUUAGGCUGCCGGGAGUGUGGGCGGGGGAUGCCGUUCAACGCCAGCUGCUCCACCUUGGGUUGGCAUGGUGUUGCCCCUUUGGCGUGGGUAUUCAGCCUGGCAUGGGGCGGGGGGCGGGGUGACUUGGCUGGCUUUGGUUGCUGCUUUAAGUGAAGAAAAAAAAAUCACAUGGCUGACCACGCUAAGCUAAGCCACACCACACCACACCCCUCAUUUUUCACCAUAAGCUUGUGGAUCCUACCAUCGCCACGUGUCAAACAAUGCCCCCAACACAAGCCCCUCCACUCCCCGCAGCCUUAUGUUUUUUACUUUGGGUCAAACAAGCAAAGUCAAACUGGUUAAAUAUC